AUGCAGUUUUAUAAGGAGAGGAUUCUCAACGCUGCUCAGUUAAAAAGACUAAGUGAACACAAAUAUUCUUGUAGCAGUGCCAGCUUACUCGAUGCAUGGCUCCAGCCAUGGUGGUGCUGGCUGGUUUCUAAAACGCCGCUAUGGCUUGCACCGAAUCUCAUCACUAUAUUAGGUUUAAUUAUAAAUAUAGUUACUACUCUCAUUCUGGUUUGGUACAGUCCAGAUGCAAGACAAGAUCCACCAAGAUGGGCAUGUGCCUUAUGUGCUUUAGGAGUUUUUGUAUAUCAGAGCCUUGAUGCUAUUGAUGGCAAGCAGGCAAGGAGGACAGGAAGCCAGUCCCCCCUUGGAGAGCUAUUUGAUCAUGGCUGUGACAGUAUAUCCACUGUGUUUAUUGCUCUUGGAGCUUGUAUUGCUGUUAAGCUUGGAGAGUAUCCUACAUGGAUGUUUUUCCAGUGUUUCUGCGCAAUGACGCUGUUCUACUGCGCUCACUGGCAAGCCUACGUCACGGGCACCCUCAAAAUGGGUCGCAUUGACGUGACUGAAGCGCAGUACACGAUCAUCUGUAUACACCUCAUAUCUGCCACGCUCGGUUCCGACGUCUGGGAAACUCAGGUGGGCUCGUUGGAGAUGCGGUACUCGCUGGGUGGCGCUGCGGUGCUCGGCGCCGUAAUGACGCUGGGAUCCCUCGCCGCCGCCAUUGUCGCCGGCGGUGUCGGCAAGAAUGGCUCCACAGUCGCCAUUCCCGGGUUAGGGAAGGGGGUGCCAAUUUGCCUACAAAUGAUGUCUCUAUGCGCCGCCGGACACUUGUACUUUUUCGUCAACUUGCUCUCUACAUUCCGGGUCGGCGGCUGCGGGAAAAAUGGAUCCACCGUCGCCGGCACCAGUAUCCUGACGCCAGUAUUUCCCUUCUCGUUCGUGGUGGUGCCGGCCUUCAUAAUCUUCCAAAAGAGUGAGUCGCAGGUGUAUCAGAAUCACCCAGCGCUCUAUAUCUUGGCGUUCGGAAUGGUCGCCGCUAAAGUCACUAACCGACUCGUUGUGGCGCACAUGACCAAAAGUGAGAUGGACUACUACGAUUGGGCUCUGGUGGGUCCCGCAAUGCUCUUUCUCAACCAGUACUUCAAGAAUGCGUUGCCGGAGUACUACGUGCUCUGGCUUUGUUUCGUGUGGGUAGUCGUGGAGUUGAUACGAUACUGCGGGCAAAUAUGCAUGGAGAUCUGUGAGCACCUCAAAAUCCACUUAUUCCGUAUCUCGCCCGCGUCCGCUCCCGCUCCCGUCUCCGCUCGUCACAAGCAAGCGGACAGAAACGUGACGAGUGACAGUGACAUAUCGGAGAGCGAAGACACCGCGCCUUUAGUAAACAAUAACAGUAUUAGUUAA